UUUCGUGUAAAAAGUGAGUGUUCGGAGAUUUCAAAGGUCGUGUACCUCCCAAGAAAGACCUGCCGCUGGUGGAGUGUCAUUUACCCCGGAUUUCAAGUACGAUACGAAGGCCUCCAAAGACAGAUUAAUUGAGGGCCAAAGUGACAUUCAGAAAUGAUGAGCUUUGUUCGGUUUAUUUGGGCUGCACAGCUCACAAAUUGAUGACCAAGCCCAUAAGGACGCUGUUGCCAGGGUGGUUGAGGUGAUGGCUCCCACUACCCCAGUUCUCCACCAGACUUGGAGUCAAGUUUGACUUUUGAAAGCCAUACAGGUUGCUUGCCAACUUGACAAUCCACGCUACUAGAUAAAACAACAAUUAUAGCUUUCAUUGGCCGGAACAUUCUGUCAUAAAUGAACUUUGAAUGAUCAAUAACCCAAGUUCUCAAGUGUAUUUGCGACCAUUGUGUUCAAUAAUCAGCGUUGAAGGACCAUGUCCAAGUCGCAAUUGCUACUCAGGCCUGACCGAUCCAAUCCAGAAGCUCCAAUUGUAUGUACAGUUCUAUGUAUUAUCUUUUGGAGAGUAGAACCACAAUAAUUUGCAAACACCAAGUUUCAGAUCAUGAAAGACCUCAUCGACCUCCAUCCCAGCGAACACGAUAUGGAUUUCGGGGUGAAUAAUAAUCUACCCGAUUUUCUGGAAGAAUUUCCUCCGACUUGGCAUCCACCGGCAGUCCGCGACCGUGAGGAAAUCGACGUGAAGUACAGUCCAUGGAACGAUCGUUCCGAGAGGCGAGAGAUGGGUCUCAAAAUUCUUCCCGUAUUCACGAUGAAGGAAGCUGGAACGAUAAUAGAAAGAAUUCAUCAAUUUACUCGAGACUUCCUUACUAUAAUGGAGGAGGAAUUAAAAGGUCGUGUAUUAUGCAUCGGAAAAUAUGAUAAAAAAGAGGACAUUGAAGCUCAUCCUGUUUUCCAAAGUUUCAGGGACACGAUUGAAAAAACCGGCAUUCUGAUAGUAGAUACCGAAGGUCCCAGCCAAAGACGCUUGAAAAAUCAUCGAAUUCCACUUGAAGCCGCAUCGUCGAUGGUCGAAGUUCUUCAACCGGGUGAUAUCCUUGGAAACGUGAUCAUAAUCCAGACACUUCAAGAUUGCCGAGAAGAACACACAGGUUGCAGAUGUUCACUCCCCUGUCCCAAAAUUGGGAAGAAAUUCGGAAAGAAGAUGGGAUAUACAAGUCGUUGUCCAAGAGACAAGGGAAAUCACACGUCUUGGCAAAGCCAAAGGAAUCUGAAGAUCCAUGGCUUUGGAGAUUUCCCAGAGUGCGUCAGGAGCUGGUUGAAUUCGAAAUCGGUUUUCGUUGUCCAGAGUGAUGUUGCGCGUCACUCUGGCACAUUCGGCGACAAAGAACGGAUUGAUGGACUUUUGGCGUCGGACUGCAAUUCCUGGGUUGAACUCCAUAAUAUCCAUGCGAUGUUCUUUGGUGUGAGUCCUGGGAGUUGUAGUCAUUGCCAAAAGGAAAUCAAUCCCGAAGAACACCGAAAUCACGUGAUAGACACUCAUGGAUUAUCCAAAUAUUUGGAGGGACGAAAGUUUGAAAAUGGAACCUUAUUCGAACUCUUCAAACUCGUCAAUCCAUCGUUACAAUUAGCGAGUUGUUCAAGGAAAAACGGCUCAAAAAUCAGGGGAUUUUGAUGCUCCAAGAGAAGAUCCAUUCUCACGAUGGCCAAGGGAAUUGGUCAAAUUGUGGGGGAUAUUUUGAUCGUUGCCUAAACAUUGUGGAGUGUGACACUAGACUUGAUGACACUCCAAAACUCUAUGCUUUCAAUCUCCCUGCAAAGAUUGCCAAUGGUUCUUACCACCUUCGAAGUCUAUGUAGAAGUGGUAGUCCAAUCAUUGCCCUGAUUUUGCCAUUUGAGGGUUAUCUUUGUUUAAUUCGAUAUUCACACUUUUAAGAUCUCUAACGGCUUUCAUGGUUGGAAUAUUGACUUGUUUGUAAUAUUGAAAUUGAUAAACUUUACAUGUGCUCUCUUUCCCUAGAGCUUGAGCACAGAAUUUGAAACCAUUCCUUAGCAAUCUCAAUUUUAAUGUAGAGCCCCACACUUUUGUUCAUUUCGUUCGAACAUUCGAAAAUUUUCAUUUUCGACCUCAGUGUUCCUCUCCAUGUUCUACUGGUUCACAAACACAAUAAAAGACUGUUUUGGAAAACUUGUAUGUCCCCUUUGCCAAUGUUUGUUUUAGACUUUUUUACUUAGCUUUAACAACUUUUCGGCAUUCUUGAGUGAAUUUUAUUCAAUGUGAUCGCAUUUAUUCGAAUAAAAAAAUGAAGCUUGUAUAUCUGACCACA